CAACAUAAAUCUAAUACAAUCAAAAAAAGCAGUAUAUUUGAAUUGCUUUGAUUGUGUUUUAGAGAUUCUAUAUAUCUAGUCGAAUCGUAUCCAAGCGAAUUUUUUUUAAAUUCCCUGACCUAUUUCAAAUCCGAAUCUACUAAAGUUGAACCCGUCCCCCUUGUAAUAUUAGACAUGCCCUCCGCUCAAUCUGAUUACCUUUCCAAGACGGUAACAGUUUCACCAUUGGUACUCUUAUCAGUGGUGGACCAUUACAACCGUGUUGCUAAGGACUCGCGCAAACGUGUUGUUGGGGUUGUAUUGGGAGACAACACAGAAGCAGACACAAUCCAUGUCACCAAUUCGUUUGCUAUACCCUUUGAAGAAGAUGAAAAGAAUCCUGGAGUCUGGUUCUUGGACCAUAAUUAUAUCGAAUCCAUGAGUGAAAUGUUUAAGAAGAUCAAUGCUAAGGAACGACUUCUUGGAUGGUACCAUUCCGGACCUCGGUUAAGACCAAGUGAUCUUAAAAUCAAUGAUGUAUUUAAAAAAUAUACCCUGAACCCACUUCUUCUUAUUGUUGAUGUUCAACCUCGUGAUGUCGGCAUUCCUACAGAUGCCUACUUUGCCAUUGAUGAUAUCAAAAACGAUGGCUCUUCUGCAGAAAAGACAUUUGUUCAUGUUCCCUCGCUGAUAGAGGCUGAAGAAGCUGAAGAAAUUGGGGUGGAACAUCUUUUAAGAGACAUUAGAGACCAAGCUGCAGGCACAUUGUCCUUGAAAGUGACUCAAACAUACCAAUCAUUGUUGGGAUUACAUCAAAAACUUAGAGAAAUUGCCAAUUAUCUUGACAAGGUUUAUCAAAAGAAAUUACCAAUCAACCAUACAAUCUUAGGUAAACUUCAAAAUGUUUUCAAUUUAUUGCCUAAUUUGGCUGGUAAGGAUGUGGAAGAAAUUGAGUCUGCUGUCACCACUUCUGGAGCCCCACCAGUGAACCCAUUGGCUACAGCAUUCACGGUGAAAACUAAUGAUGAACUCAUGAUGGUUUACAUCAGUACUCUUGUUAGAGCCAUCAUUGCAUUCCAUGAUUUGAUCGAAAAUAAGAUUGAAAAUAAGAAAGUACAUGAAAAGGCUAAUGAAGAAAAGAAUCAAGUAUCGGGAGUGGUUUCAUCUUUGGAGACAGAAGAAGAAGGUGAAGGCGAAGCAAAGGAAUAGAAUACAUAGCUUAGAUACUUCUUUUUAUCUUUUCUUAAAAAGAAUAGUAAUAAAGAAUUUAACAACAAG